AUGGAGGACCAAAAUGCUGGUGAUAGGUUUAGCAAGGUGCUCCGCAAGGUUAAGCCUUACCUUGCUAUGGUGUCCCUUCAAUUUGGCUACGCCGGAAUGUACAUCAUCACCAUGGUUUCAUUUAAGCAUGGCAUGAGCCAUUGGGUGCUAUCGGUGUACCGUCAUAUAGUUGCCACUCUUAUCAUGGCUCCUUUUGCGUUUUUCCUUGAAAGAAAAAUAAGACCAAAGAUGACUCUGCCCGUCUUCCUGAGGCUAGCGGUUCUCGGUUUCCUUGAACCAGUGCUUGAUCAAAACCUGUACAACAUGGGGAUGAAGAACACCUCAACAACGUUUGCAUCGGCCACCGUUAAUGUCCUCCCAGCCAUUACUUUUAUAAUGGCCCUCAUUUUCAGGUUAGAGACAGUGAACUUGAGGAAAAUACACAGCAUAGCCAAGGUAAUUGGAACCGCAGUAACAGUUUCAGGAGCCAUGGUUAUGACUUUGUACAAAGGUCCUGAGCUUCAAAUCAUAAAGGGACAAGCAAGCCAUCAUGAAAGUGCCAGUGGCACAGAGCCCUCUGAACAACACUGGGUGCUUGGCACAGUAAUGCUCAUAGCAAGUUGUGGUGGUUGGGCUAGCUUCUUUAUCCUGCAAUCUUUCACUUUGAAGAUGUACCCAGCAGAGCUCUCCGUCACAUCUUGGAUUUGCUUUUUGGGCAUUUUUGAGGGUGCAAUUGCGUCCCUUAUUUUUGAACGUGACAUGAGUGUUUGGUCCAUAGGCUGGGACUCGAGGCUUCUUGCUUGUGUUUAUUCUGGAGUGGUGUGCUCUGGAAUGGCAUACUAUGUACAAGGAGUUGUGACCAGGGAACGUGGACCCGUGUUUGUGACUUCUUUUAGCCCUCUAUGUAUGAUAAUCACUGCUGCGUUGGGUUCUAUUGUCUUGGCUGAGCAAGUUCAUUUGGGAAGUAUAAUUGGUGCUAUCAUCAUUGUGAGUGGACUUUAUACUGUGGUAUGGGGGAAAAGCAAAGACAGUUUGAACUCAACGGAUGCAGGGAAAAGUGAGGGCCAAGAGUUGCCAAUAAAGGACGGAACAAGAGCAGGAUCAGACAUUUUUGACACUAUUGAGGUCAAUGUUGCUGCUGAGAUGAAGGGUGCAGGAAAAAAUGUCCUUCCAUCAGCAAGAACAUAG